AGAUUAGUACCUAGUGAGGCGGGGACUCCCUGAGUCCGUCGCCCGCCAGCGUCUACAGGAAGUGCGCAGCGUCCCCUCCCUUCUCCCACAGGCCAAGCCUAAAAGGACGGUAGUCCCUGGAAAGUCUCAACCAAUCCUAUUCUGGGUCUUUUGACUCCCAGCAUGCAGCGCCAAUCCUGAUCUGAUUUCCGCGGGGACUGCAUCCUCAAAGAGGGACGCAGGAUAUCAGGGGAGAGACGAUGUGACGAUGGAAGCAGAGAUGACAGUGCUGAACUUUGAAGAUGGAGGAAUGGAAGGAUUGCAGCUCUCAAACUGAAAAACGCAAGUAAACAGAGUCUUCCCCUGGAGUCUCCAGAAGAACUAGGUAUGCUGACUCCUUGCUUUUAGCCCAUUGAAAUUGAUUUCGGACUUCUGACCUCCAGAACUGUAAGAGAAUUCAUUUGGAUUGUGCCUAUGUGUGUGUGUUUUCCACAUAGCAUGGCUUGUGGGAUCUUAGUUCCCCAACCAGGGAUCGAACCUGGGCCCUUGGCAGUGAAAAUUCAGAGUCCUAACCACCGGACUGCCAGGGAAUUCCCCAUUUGUAUUGUUUUUAAGGCACUAAGUUUGUGGUUAUUUGUUACAACUCAAUAGGAAACCCAUCUUUGGUCAAUGGGACUGUCAUCAAAUUGGGUGUCUAAUAUGAUAAGAUGUUUUAGGCUCAUCUUGAACCUUUUCUGCCUCAGACCUGGAAACAGUAAUUUCUCUAGAGUAUUUGUUCCUUUUAGUGGGAAAUGGUAUUUUGAGACCACUAGAAGCAUUCAUGGAUUUGUCCUCUUUUUUCCCCCACUUAAAAAAUAUGCAAAAUACAUAUAACAUAAAAUUUACCAUCUUAACAAAGUUUUUCUUUUUUUGGCUGCACUGGGCAGCUUGUGGGAUCUUAGUUCCCUGACCAGGGAUCAAACCCAUGUGCCCUGCAGUGGAAGCAUGGAGUCCUGACCGCUGGACCUCCAGGGAAUUCUCCAUCUUAACCAAUUUUAAGUGUACAGUUCAUUAGUGUUAACUGUAUUCACAUUGCUGUGCAACAGAUCUCUAGAACUUUUUCACCUUGCCAACCUGAAACAAUACCCAUGGAGCAACUCCCCAUUUCCCCAGACUACGCCCCACCCCAUGGAUAUUUACCUUUAAAAAAAUGGGAAAGUAGUACAGUUCUUUAGUAAAACCUUUUACAAAUAUGAUUAUUUUCCUCUAAACCUGUAGGUUUUUAAGGCCCCAACUCCAUGCUAUUUUUUGGCUACUAAUCCCAGACCAUGUCCUUUAAAGAAUUUCAGGUAGCAAAGCACCUAAAGGGGUGGCUGUUUUUCUAGAACAAAGUGAGAGUUUUGGAAUGAAAUACAUUCCACACACAAAAUAAUGACCAUUUUAAGGUAUUCCCUGGACCUGUAAUUUGCUAAAGUGAAUGCAUUCUCAAGCCUGGUGAGACCCCCCCCCCCGCCCACCAUGCAGAACUACAGCUAAUGUCCUAUGUCUGGGGUCUCAUCCAGCUGGGCUCUACCCUCUGGCUGAACCUGUUGCCGAGCAGAAACACUUUGUGUGAGCCUGUUCAGUUCAGAGCUUUAGGUUCUGCUUUCUGGCCGUGAGAAUUCUUGUAUAAAGAACUUGUGGGAGGGAAUUCCCUGGCGGUCUAGUGGUUAGGACCCCAUGCUUCCAAGCCCAGCGGCACGGCCAUAAAUAAAGAAAGAAGGAAUAGGAGGGCGUGCUUAGGGUUUAAAAAAAAAAAAACUUGUGGGCGAGAGAAUAGCAAUGCAGAGGGAUAAAGAGUGCUAGUCUUUUGAUCUUUUAAAGAAGACCUACAGGCUGGUUUCUUUACUAUUGAUUGGGAAAUACCUGAUUUUGUUUUUAAAGCUCUGUGCUCUCAUUUGUAUCACGUGUUCGCAAAGAGUACAUUCUGAAUCAUUUUCCUUUCCUCCUGCAGCAAGUGCUCAGAUAUUAAACACACACACACACACAUUCAAAAGAGGAAACAGUCGGAUAGGAACUCAGAAAUCAUGUGACUGAUGACUAAGUUAAAUUUUUUCUACUUAUUAAAAAGGAAGAGUCUGAUGAUUAGUUACUGACUGUCCUUGCAUUUUUAAAGUUUUGAAGAUACUGAAUCAUGUUCCCAUUUAUGCUUUUUUCCGCCCUGUUUUCUUCCACAUUUACUGAACCUGGAGAGAAACGCUGGAUCUGCAACUCCUCUGACACAAGUGUUUGGUACUCCUACUGUGAUAACUUGAAAUUCCCUAUUUCAAUAAAUGCCGAGCCCUGUAUAACAUUGAAGGGAGGCCGUGGAAAUCUGUAUCUUUACUACAUUCCAAGAAGAGACAUAAAAAGCUUAUAUUUCAAUAUCUAUGUAUCUUUUAAGUCCGUGAAUUUCCCAGUGCGCAAACAAGUUAUUUGCCGAGGAUCUGAUGAUGAUUAUUCUUUUUGCAGAGCUCUGAAGGGAGAGACUGUGAAUACGACAAUAUCAUUCUCCUUCAAGGAAAUACGAUUUUCUAAGGGACGAUACGAUUGUAUUACAGAAGCCAUUGCUGGGAACACUGAAGAAAGGCUCCUUUGCUUGAACUUUACCAUCAUAUACCACCCUGAUUUCAGUUAGAAUAAAUCGAGUAUAUGUUUUUAUUUUUCAAA